CCUUGGUUUACCCCGUUCGUUCCAAACCUUUCUUCUUAUUCUUCGAGGGACAUUACGUCACGCUGCUUCUCUCCCGUCUUCUUGGUCUUCGCCUCCCCCACCUCCCCCAAAAUUCUCCUCGAUUCCGAUCGGAUCCUUCUUAUCCACUGGCGAUUCUACGAGAAAUCUUCGACCUCUUCGACUUCGCUUUCUUCGAUUGAGUUUUUCCUGGUGCUUGGUUGGUACUUGGUGGGGAUCGGCGGCGCUCUGGGUCCCUGAUUGGAGGAGGAUUGGAAUUUUUGGGUUAAGGUUGGGGGAUUCCGGCUCUUGAGUCCUUAAUUGAUCCGUCCAUGGGGUUGCUCUUCGUGGAGUCGCUGCCUGGGCCGAAGGUCUUCAAGUGCGGGCGCUGCAAGGUCGAUUCGGCCUCGCACGAUGCCAUCAUCUCCAAAGACUUCAACGGUCGGUAUGGUCGAGCUUACCUUUUCAAGAGCGUGGUGAACAUUUCUCUGGGCCCCAAUGAGGAUCGCCAUCUCGUGACUGGAUUACACACUGUGAAUGACAUCUACUGUAGCUGCUGCCAACAGAUUCUGGGUUGGAGAUAUCAGUGUUUAAACAAGAGAAGGCAUAUGACGAAGAUCAGAAGUACAAAGAAGGGAAGUACAUCCUAGAGAAAGCUAGGAUGUUGAAGGAGGGCUGGUGAUGUAUGAAUGAGCUGGACUAGGAGAACAAACCUAGAUGUGUAUCUAGUUGUGUGGUGGUAGAAAAUCCCAACUGGGGCUGUCAAAAAUGAAUGCAGUCGGGGACUUCUUGGAAGUGAUCACUAGGUUAGAAUUUGAAACUGAAAACAUUCUUGCUAAACUAUGAAUAAAAAAAAAAAAACGAUUGGUUUGAUUAAUUAGCCAAUUAUUGUUGUCUUAUUCAUUUGGUUUAUUUUUCUUAUCUGGUAGGGUUAGUUAAUCCUGGAAUUUCAUCUGAUUUUGGUGUGGAUAAUUAUUUCUCAACUGUUAUAUUCAUAUUGUUUUGUCAGAUCUCUUUAUUUGGAUCAGAAUUAAUAAUUCUUUGC